GGUACAUUCCCUCCAUUUGACGGAAGUGAGGGAGAGGCUGAAAGCUGUGUCUCGCUUUUUCAGCGUGAGAGAGCUGUUUGUGUUUUGAAGGCAUUCGUCGUCAAAGGAAGUUGCCACUUCCUAGAUUUCAAUCGACAUCACGCUGAAAUUACUCUGGAUUCUAGCUAGCUAUUGUCUUCUACUUGAUUAACAACGUCCCUGUCUCGAACUGUCAACACCUUCAUCGAGCACCAACUAGCUACAUCUCCUGGGUGCAGUCUGGCCAAGAAAAUAAUGUCCUACAGUUGAAGAUGGGAGGUAGUGGCUCCAAAACCAAGGGUUAUUGGCCUUUUGCUGGUUCAGGCAGUGUUGAUGGUGAUCCAACCAAAGAGGGAGUCGACGAACAGUCGCUGGCGAGGCUCCGAAGUUUCCAAAGGGCGACACCCUACGUGUUUACCAGACAAAGCUCCCUGUACUUUGACGAGGAUGGAGACCUCGCCCACGAGUUCUAUGAGGAGACGGUUGUGACGAAGAACGGCCGCAAGAGGGCCAAACUGAAGAAGAUCCAGAAAAACCUCAUACCUCAGGGAACCAUAAAGCUAGAGCACCCCUGCAUCCAUGUGGAUUUCCCUGUCGUUCUCUGUGAGGUUUGAUGAAGCCUGGAGCCACGUUUUGAGACCAGACUCAGACUAGCCAAUGUGUCAACUCCGUCCCCCUGUUUCCCUCUCCACCUAUACUUUACCCUGAAGCCCUCUAAACCACCGUGGUCUCCCUGUGAUGAUGUUUGGCCGGAGCCCUGACCUGUGAUGAUAGACAGGCUGUCUAAACACAUGAUUGUGUUGAGCCCCUGCAUAUGGACUCUGUAAAGUGUGGCCUGUGUGCAGUCACGUUACACAAAGUAGUACCUGGCCACUUACGGAGACCGUCGAUGAUCUGUGAAACACGUCAGUUAAGAUGGCUGAAGACAUAGUUAUUGCUCACGAUACCCUCAACCUAUUCAAUAUAUACAGUAUGUGUGUUAGUGGAUAUGGAAUGAAGUGUGACGACAGCUUGUCUGCCUGUCUCACAGCAGCAGUGUGCUCUGGUAGGAGGAUCCAUUGUACUUUGUAAGAAGAAUGUAAUGGGACAAUUUGAGUUGAACCAUGGGCUGUUAAGUUAGGCCGGCAAUCCUAUAUCUUUAAACCCUGCCCUAGAGAGUUAAUUUACCAUCUGUACGCAUUAAGGGGUGAGAUUUUCCGAUACCUGUUCAGUCUUCAGAGCUUCCAGAGUAAUGAUAGGGCUUCAGCUAUUAGGGCCAUAUCCUGAGGUCAGAGAUAUAGGAAUAUUUAAUGCACAUUUUAUGUUUACAAGUAAAACAAAAAAACACCGUGGCUUGAUAUAAUUUCCACCAUGCGGGACGAUGGCUCUGCUUCUCAUUUCCCCAUGAUGGAGCUAGACAAUUGGUGGCCAAUGUGAUCUAAGCUUAUCUUAAUGUGACGUGUUGUAAUGUUUGACUGGCUGUGGUGAUCGUGGUGUCAAGACCAGGGCUUUAUGAAAUGUUUGAGUAUGCGCUGAUCUAGAAUCAGUUUUAACCUUUGAGAUCAUCUUAGUGAAUCACAUUGACAUUAAAGGGACGGGGGACGGGCUGGGGUCUGAUCCUAGCUCAGCAAUCCUAGUGAAUUGCUUUUUUUUUAGCACGGGCCCAGGCCUCAGACACAUGUACAGAGAAGCACGAACUUUAGUCCCCCUGGGAAAGUCCUCUGUUCCUUCACUGCUUUAGCGCAAUUACAUUUCACUGUUAAUUUAUUUUAACUGUUAUAAUGGCAUUAUUUUUAAUUACAACUCAAAAUGUA